AUGUUGGUGCACACGUAUUCCGCGAUGGACCGCUCGGAUGGGCUGAACGGGACCUCCACCGGCGGCCGCCUCCCUCAGCUCUCGUCCCUCAACCAGGCGGCGGCAGCGGCAGCGGCGGCGGCGGCUUACUCCUCGGCUCCCCCUCUGUGCCACACGCCGGCCUCGGACUUCCAGCCGCCCUACUUCCCGCCGCCUUACCCGCAGCCGCCGCCGCUGCCCUACGCGCAGAGCCAGGAGAGCGCCUACCCGCACCUGGGAGACCCCUAUGGCGGCCUCAACCCCAUCCACCACCAGCACCACCAGCAGAGCGGCUGGCCCUCGCAGCGGGCGCGCCAGGAAGAAGCGGCGGCGGCGGCGGCGGCGGCGGCAGCGGCAGCGGCGGGCCUCCUGUCGCAGACGCACCGAGCUCUCGGCCUGGAUCCGCGCAGGGACUACCCGGGGGUGCCGCGCUUGCUCCACGGCUUGGCCGACGGAGCGCACGCCUUGGCCGACGGGCCGCUGGGACUCCACGCUCUGGCUCACCCCAGCCUCGAGGACAUCCAGGCGGUGGAUGAGGCCAGUAUGAACCUUUUGGACCAGUCGGUGAUCAAGAAAGUGCCCAUCCCUUCGAAGGCUAACGGGACCACCAUCUCUUCCCUGACCAUGAACAAGGACUCCCUGAUAGGAGGGGUGACCAAUCCAAGCGAAGUCUUCUGCUCUGUUCCUGGGCGAUUGUCCCUCCUCAGCUCCACCUCCAAGUACAAAGUGACAGUCGGCGAAGUUCAGAGGAGGCUCUCACCCCCGGAAUGCCUCAACGCGUCUCUCCUUGGUGGUGUCCUUCGGCGGGCAAAAUCUAAAAAUGGUGGAAGAUGUUUAAGAGAAAGGUUGGAGAAGAUAGGGUUAAAUCUACCGGCUGGAAGGCGCAAAGCAGCAAAUGUCACCUUGUUAACGUCCCUGGUGGAAGGGGAGGCUGUUCAUCUUGCUCGAGACUUCGGUUAUGUGUGCGAAACAGAGUUCCCAGCCAAGGCAGCAGCAGAAUAUCUCUGCCGCCAGCACUCGGAUCCCAGCGAGCUCCACGCCCGGAAAAACAUGCUUUUAGCAACCAAGCAAAUCUGCAAAGAGUUUGCUGAUAUGAUGGCUCAAGAUCGCUCCCCUCUGGGAAACAGCCGCCCGACCCUCAUCUUGGAACCUGGCGUUCAGAGCUGCUUGACGCACUUCAGUUUAAUCACCCAUGGUUUUGGAGGGCCGGCGAUCUGCGCCGCUCUCACCGCGUUCCAGAACUACUUGGUGGAGUCCCUCAAAGGGCUUGACAAAAUGUUCAUGAACAGCACAGGCAACGGCCACUCGGCUGGUGACUCCAAAACCUCAGAAAAGGAUGUUAAGCAUCGGAAAUGACCCCGUCCGCAGGCAGUGACCCUUUGCAUCUCCCCCAUCGGAGGGCUCCUUCUCAUUUCCAGGAUGUGAGAGACAGGAAGGUCCUUCAACAGUCUUGGAAGUGUUGCGGGGGCGGGAGGAGGGAGAUUGAUCAACCCACCUCUCUCCUGCCAGGUUUUCCAAACUGUGACGAAUGCAUUUUUGAAAUCGAGUCGAUGAAAAAGAGAAGAUUGAAGAAGAAGAAGAAGAAGAAGAAGAAGAGGCCGAGCCAACCUCAGCACCGGAAGAAAUUAGUUAGUGGUUCGGGUUGACACAUUGGAUUUUUCCAUAGGAGAGACUGGGAAGCCUGGUUAUAUGUGCAAUUAUUUUGAUGAUUUUAUGUCUUUCUUUGGAAAAAAAAAAUCCAUGCUCAGAAAAGAAAGGUUGGGAUUAUCCAGGCAGCAUUGCCAAGGAGCAAGCCGAGACGAAGAGGCCUUCAGGUAAAAUCUAGAGAAGGUCUUUUCAGAAUCAAGGCCUGU